GGAACCCAAAAAAUAAAAAAAUAUCAGAUUUCAUUUCCUCAAAACGAAGAAAAACUGUGAGCUGAAAAAUAUGGCCAAGACGGAGAGGCUGAGUGGCAGCAAGUGGACAGCCACGGCGGCGAGCAUAUUGAUCCAGUGCGCCGGCGGAUCUUCCUACGCCUUCAGCGUCUACUCCUCGGCGCUCAAGUCGAGCCAGGGCUACGACCAAUCGACGCUCGACACGGUGUCCGUCUUCAAAGACAUAGGUGCCAACGUCGGCGUCUUAUCCGGGAUUUUGUACUCCGCGGUCGCGCUUGACCGCCGCCGAAUUGGGGGGCCCUGGGUGGUGCACGUGGCCGGGGCAAUCCAGUGCUUCGUCGGGUACUUCUUCCUGUGGGCUGCGGUCACCGGAUUGGUGGAGACGCCGCCGGUCGCGGUGGUUUGCUUGUUCAUGUUCCUCGCCGCUCACGCCCAGACUUUCUUCAACACCGCUGACGUGGUGACUGGGGUCCACAACUUCUCUGAUUACGGUGGGACCAUCGUCGGCAUCAUGAAGGGAUUUCUUGGUUUAAGCUCGGCAAUUCUAGUCCAAGUCUACGACACAUUCUGCCAAGGCAAACCCAGCACCUUCAUUCUCCUGCUGGCAUUGUUGCCCACAUGUGUCUCCAUCUUGUUCAUGCUUUGGGUCAGAAUCUAUGAAGCUGGUAGAACUGCUAUUGACAAAAAGUACUUAAACAUCUUUUCUGCUUUUGCUCUCCUCACAGCUGCUUAUCUCAUGGUCCUAAUCAUACUCCGAAACAUCUUCACUUUCCCGUCGUGGGCGAGCGCUCUCACACUUACAGUACUUCUUCUGUCUUUGCUUGUUUCACCCUUUGGAAUCGCCAUCAAAGCACAAAACUUGCAACCCAAGAAAGACCCUGACACACUCGACGAUCCUUUACUCGAAAACCCCGAGCCAGCUUUAGCAGCCUCCAAAUCCUCAUCAUUUGAAAACCUUACAGAUCAUGAAGAUAUGAAUUUACUGAAAGCAAUGAGUUGUGCUGAUUUCUGGCUAUUGUUUAUUGCUAUGGUUUGUGGGAUGGGGUCUGGAUUGGCCACCAUAAACAACAUGAGCCAAAUUGGGCAGUCUCUUGGCUACACAACAGUUGAGAUCAAUUCCCUUGUUUCUCUAUGGAGCAUAUGGAAUUUUCUAGGCCGGUUCGGGGCCGGAUUUAUCUCGGAUUACUUGCUGCAUAAGAAAGGAUUGGCAAGGCCAUUGCUGAUGGCUGCCACACUAGCAACCAUGGCAGCCGGCCACAUUGUGAUUGCAUCUGGCUUUUCCGGGAAUUUGUACGUGGGUUCGAUCCUAGUUGGGAUUUGCUAUGGCUCACAGUGGUCACUUAUGCCCACAAUCACUUCUGAGAUCUUUGGGAUAAGACACAUGGGGACUAUUUUCAACACCAUUGCCGUAGCCAGUCCUAUUGGUUCUUAUAUUUUCUCCGUCAGAGUAAUCGGGUUCAUAUACGAUAAAGAAGCUUCCGGCGAAAAUGAUGAUUCCUGCAGCGGCACUCGCUGCUUCAUGCUGUCGUUUUUCAUCAUGGCUUCUGUUGCUUUCCUCGGGUUUCUUGUUGCUCUUGCUUUGUUCUUCGGACGAGGAGAUUCUAUGACUCGAUCGUACUCAGAAGACUGCGGCAUUCUUCUCCGAGGUAGUGAGUGAAUGUGAGCACUUUGUGCAGAGACCAAAGUCGUACUGUAGUUUGAGGUAGUGAGCUCUCUUCAGGAGUGGGUUUGGUUUCAAUCGGUUUGGGUUUUUCGCCGAAAGCAAAAAUGGAACUGAAAUUGCUAUUUGAUUUGGUUUUUUUAAUCGAUUCAAUUUAAUUUUGGUUCGUUUA